AUAACAAUUGAAAAAAAAAAUUAAAUUCCUCAAAUCCAAUCUCAUCCACAAAAUUUGCCUUUGCUCUGCUCUCCAUAAUCUCAAUCUUCAAUCUCCUCUAACUCACUAUAAAUUUGUUUAUGGCUUCAGCUUCUCCUUCUCAAGCUAGUCUUUUACUUCAGAAACAGCUCAAAGAUCUCUGUAAAAAACCAGUUGAUGGAUUUUCAGCUGGUUUGGUUGAUGAAAGCAACUUAUUCGAAUGGAGUGUCACCAUUAUUGGACCCCCGGAAACUUUAUAUGAGGGGGGUUUCUUUAAUGCUAUCAUGAGCUUUCCUCAAAAUUAUCCCAACAGUCCGCCAACUGUUAAAUUUACAUCAGAGGUUUGGCAUCCUAAUGUUUACUCUGAUGGAAAGGUCUGCAUCUCAAUUCUUCACCCCCCUGGUGAUGAUCCAAAUGGUUACGAGCUUGCUAGUGAGCGUUGGUCUCCUGUCCAUACGGUGGAGAGCAUAAUGUUGAGCAUCAUAUCAAUGCUUUCAAGUCCUAAUGAUGAGUCUCCUGCUAAUGUCGAAGCAGCUAAGGAAUGGAGAGACAACAGAGAUGAAUUCAAGAAAAAGGUUAGUCGUUGUGUAAGACGGUCCCAAGAAAUGACGUAAAACAAACAUAUUUCGUCAUUAGUUGUCGAUUGAUACAAAUGUAGAAUUGCUUGUCAAGGCUAUACCUCUCUGUAUUACUAUGCCUUUUCGUUCCGCGAAUUCGGUCAUUGUUUUGCAUUUUUUGUUAUAACAUAAGUUUUGAGGUUCAUUAUUUUAUAGCUCUAAAGAUGUUUACUGCUGGCCUCACAUUGUCUGUAUUUUCCUCUGUAGAUGUUAAUGUACAUCUCAUAAAUGAACUAAAUGAAUCUUUCUUAUACUUCGAUUA